AUGACUGAUACCAAGAAAUUCGUGCUCGGUGACUUCAAGCUCCAGAACGGCGAAACCUUGCCUGGAGCUUGGAUUACCUACAAGACCUUCGGCGAACCUUCCCUGCCAGCUGUCGUCUAUCCCACGUGGUUCUCCGGUGCCAUUGCGGACAACGAGUGGCUAGUCGGAGAUGACAAGACUCUUAACCCGUCAAAGUACUUCAUCAUCAUUCCUGCGCUUUUCGGCAAUGGGCAGUCCAUUAGUCCAUCCAACUCCGAUGUCAACCCGUUCCCUAACGUUUCUUUCUACGAUAACGUGCGCGCACAGCAUCAGCUCGUUACCGAAGAACUCAAAAUCAAGCAUCUGAGAGCAGUUCUGGGGUGGUCUAUGGGCGCUGCUCAGUCAUAUCAAUGGGCGACACAAUACCCUGACAUCAUGGACAUCUGCGUGCCUUUCUGCGGUGCAGCCAAGUGCGCUUUACAUAACCAAGUCUUCUUAGAAGGAGUCAAGUCAGCUCUCCUUGCUGCGAAGAAGAUCAGCUCGGCUGGGAGUAGCAAGGGUUGCAUUGCAGCCGCCGACGACAAGUCUAUUAGAGUAUGGUCAGAUGAGGAAAGGCAAACCGGCCUGAAGGCAUUUGGUCGUGGGUAUGCUGGAUGGGGCUUCUCCCAAGCAUUUUACCGACAAGAAGUCUACAAGGAGCACUACAAAUCCCAAGACCUUGAAGAAUUUCUCCAGAGCUUCUGGGAGAAAUGGGCUCUAAGCAAGGACCCCGAAAACCUCCUUGUCAUGAUUCAUACGUGGCAAAGCGCCGAUGUGAGCAAGCAGGAACCCUACAAUGGUGAUUUCAAGAAGGCCAUGGCGAGCAUCAAGGCAAAAACUUUGGUGCUGCCUUCUAAGACUGAUCUCUACUUUCCCCCCGAGGAUUCCGAAAUUGAGGUCGAGUGCAUGACUGAGGGUGUUGGUGAAUUGGCGGUCUUCCCAUCUAUCUGGGGACAUUGGGCCGGAGGUCCUCCGGGGAACUUCGACGAUGUCAAGUGGUUGGAUGACAAGCUGAAAGAAAUCUUUUCCUCGGCACCACGGAGAGAUUCUGGGGCGCUUCCGAUCCGUUGA